ACUAUUUUCUUCUGCAAACAAAAAGUAUGUAAGUUUUUUUUUAUAGGAGAUUCGAGAAGACUUUAUUUAUUUAUUCAUUUGAGUUGAAAUUCUUCUGCAAACAACUCUGAUUCGCAAAUCACAAUCAAACAAACCCUCUUUCAUAUUCCAAUCCAAAGUCCAAACCCAUGAAUGAUGAAGCCCUCCACCUAUAAAUUCCCUUUAUUUAAUUCCCCUUCUAUGUUUUCCCUAUUUCACUUCUCUCUCUUUCUAUCAUUCAUUCCUUCAAUCCUUCCCCACUUUUUUUACUCCAAAAUCAAGGAAUGACAUAAACAGAAUAAUUAAUCUCCUUACCACUGCAACUCACAAAACAAAAGAAUAAAAAGAAGACCCUUUUGUCAUCAUAACAACUCUUUGUUACAUUACACUGUAACACACGCCAACAUGGGUUUGGUGGUUCCUGAAGAAGAACUAAGCUUAGAUUUGAGACCCUCUUUUGUUCCAAAAACCAUCACUGAUUUUCUCUGCCACCUUUCCACCACCCCAAAUGCAUCCCACAAGGUGUCCUUGCUCGAUGACUUUGUCCACAGAUUGGAACUCGAAUUGGCCAAGAUCCAAGCAUUCAAACGCGAACUUCCUCUCUGCAUGUUCCUCUUAAAUGAUGCAAUUUCAGCUUUGAAGGUGGAAUCAGAAAAAUGCAGGGCUUGCAAGUCUGAGCCAGUGUUUGAGGAGUUCAUUCCUCUGAAGAAAGAGUGUGAUCAGAGGAAGGAAAUUGAGAAGGAGAAGGAAUGCAGGGACAAGAAGAAUUGGAUGAGUUCUUUUCAGCUUUGGAACAAUGAUGAUAAAGCUGAUAAUAAUAACAAUGCAUAUGAAUGUGACAAAAAACACAACUAUAGAGUUGAAAACAAGAAUAAUGGAGAAAAAAGAAAAUCUGUGACCAAGGACUUGUUCCAAUAUGGUAGAAUUAGAAAUGGAGAGAAGGGGUUUGUUAUUCCUUUUUCCUCUUACCCUGCAACAAAGGAAGAAAAGGAAGAUUGUGUUGCCAAUGGACUUUCUCUUCAGACACCUGGAACUGCAGUGAAAAGCACUAGGGAGGGAUCUGGUUGUAGAACCAGCUCUUGCAGGGUGGGUUCCUCCGCUCCUUCACCGCUGCAUCAGCCACAAAGCAGCCGGAAACAAAGGCGGUGCUGGUCACCGGAGUUGCAUAGCCGGUUUAUUAAGGCUUUAGAGGUGCUUGGAGGUUCUCAAGCAGCUACUCCAAAGCAAAUUAGGGAACUCAUGAGGGUAGAUGGCCUGACCAAUGAUGAAGUAAAGAGUCAUUUACAAAAAUACCGGCUUCAUACACAGCGAGUUCCAGUUGCUACAGCUGCAAAUUUUAGUCGGUCUGCUGUAGAUCUUGGAGGCUUGUGGAUGCACAAUGAAUCCUUGAAGGGUGGCAGUUCUGGUUCUCCUCAAGGCCCUCUCCAAUUAGCCACACAAUCGGGGGAAGCAACAUCCCAAACAGAAGGUGACAACAUGAUAGAUGAUGAUGAUGUAAAAUCGGACUUAUAACUGGAAAAAGUCACAUUCAAAAAACAUGGAAAAGGUGAUGUGUAGAUAUUUUCUCACCAUGAAUUUAGCAGAUAAAAGUAGAGGAGUUUUACAACUACUCAAGAACAACACAUGAUACAUAAAAGAGGAUGGAUCUUUGGAGAGAGGCUUUUUGAGAUUUUGAAGUAAAAAUUGGUUUUUGCACAAUAAGAAGCCGGAGCAGUUCAUUUGUCCAAAAUAAUAAUGAUCAUUCAUUUCUUUUUGCCCUGAGAACACUGUAAUGCUGCAGGAGAAAUUACUCCAACAUCUUAGAUGGAUUUUGGAGUUUCAUGAUUUGGUGGUUGACUUAGUUAAUAGUAGUUUAGAUGAUUUAUAUUUGAUAUCUUGCACUUGUUGCAUACCGUUGUGCCAAAAUAGGAAAGGAAAGCUAUCAAGUAACUCCCAGUUUUGCUCCCCAGUGUUUUCUAAUAGUUGUGAAGGAGGUUGUGAAAUUCGUCAUCCGGGUCAGGUGCAAAUUUACCAUGCUAGCUAGAUAGUGAGAGAGAGAGAGAUAAAAUGUUUGAUGUCAUUUUGUGUACAAAGUCCAUAAGACUGUUAGAGAACUUGUUAAAAUAUGAUUUUGAAUAAAAAAAUUAUAUAUUGUUGAAGUCCUA